AUGUGGACUUAUGGGACAUUGCGUGAGCUUUGUUUCAUCGUUGUGAAGCGUUUCAUGGUCGCGGUCUCCUGUUCACACCCAAAAUGUGCUCUUUUUGCGCGAUGCCCUCACACCUCAGACAAGACAUCCGAAGCUGAGAUCUUUAUCAAGGGAAAGUUUGAGCCAUUGUUGGUUUUGGUUCGACAUCUUUCGAGACCCCAGAAUCAAUCGAUGGAAGCAUUACAUGGUACAAUUGACGAUAUACAAUAUUAUCUGGACCACGAUCCUGCCCAGAAGAAUGUGUUCACAUCCUUUGUGCAGAAGCUUUUCUCAGACCUCGCACUGAUCACACAGAUUGCCCACCAAAUCGAUAUUUUCUAUUCUUGGGCACCCCUCUUCAUUCAUGGAAAUAGCGAGGAUAUCCCUGAGCCAGGACUGAAGUAUGUUCAUGUGGACAAAAUUGUCAAGGUCCUCCACAUUCCGAAAGUCUUUGAUUGCAAUUCUCUCUUGAAUCUUCGACACAAGAAGUUCUACUACCCCAUUGAGAAGGCUUAUGAUGCAGCACAAGUCACAGCGUUGCAAAAGGCGGAGGCAAACCUUGAUGAAGUUUGGGUGAAGCUUGAAAUCCAUUUCGCUAGCCACCAUACACGCACACUCGUGAACGUGUUCAAAUCGUACUACACCAGCCAUCAACGAGAGAUUCGAAGAACACCUGCAUACGUCCCUCUGGAAGAGGAUGGGGUUGAUGCAACACUCAAAUUUGUUGGGACGACGAUGAAUCCGAAUAUUCCUUUCCGCAGCAUCAUUGGAUAUAAUGAAGGACAUUCGAAAUUCAGCCCCGAGAUCAAGAAAUCGAGGAUCAAAACAAGAGGUACCCCAGCUCCUUCGGAGAUGGUUGAACAAGGGCAACGCGGGGAGAAUGCACUUGAGGGAGAAGGGCCAGGCAUGCCUAACAAGACCGACCAGGAAUAUGAUCUUGGUAAACGGGGUCGGAAGGUUCUUGCCACAUUACUUCACCUCAAUGACACGCGAAAUCAACGUGGGGAGAUAGCUUGGAAAGAUUUCCUGCAAGUCAUGACAGCACUGAAAUUCAACGCUGAGAAGCUAUACGGAUCAGUCUGGCAGUUCACCCCAACCACGGGUAGUGUCAAGCGAGGCAUUCAUGUCCACGAACCUCAUCCGUCAAACAAGAUUCACUUUUACAUGGCUAGAAUGAUAGGCCGACGACUGAGCCGUACGUAUGGUUGGACGGAAGACAUGUUUGAUCUAGACUAA